AUGCGCCCAUCAAUUAAACGUCCAGCAGUUAUUAUACCGCGUCCAACAAAAGCCUCGUUAGCUCGUCAAUCAAAAAUUCGCAAUUCAAUUCUUGUUUCAACAACAAAUACAUUAAAACCAAUACAAAAUGAACAAAUUAAAAGUGAAAAUGAUUUAACUACAAUUGGUCUCAACAAACAACAAGUACAACAAGCUCAAACACGACGUGCCAGUACCGUUUCAAAAAAUAAUAUUAUAUUUAAACGACGACGUUCAUUACAUAAAUUAGCUGUUAUUGUUUCGGGUUCAUCAAUAGAUAAUGAAGCUGGUGAUGGUGAAACCUUAAAACAAGUUAUCGUUGCUUCAUUAACGGAAAAUGUCAAAAAAAUGGAUCUUGUUGAACAACCGAAAACAAAAAAUUAUAUUAAUAAUGAUAAUAAAGAAAAUCGUUCAUCAAAACGUCCAACAUUAACAAGUGCAACACGUAAGAAGCCAAUACAAAUACCUAUACAAAUACUUGAUAAUUAUGCUGCCGAAGAAUUUAUAAUUGAAAUUAUUGAACAAGCAUUAACAAAUGAUGAUUUACAAUUAGAUGAAGAUGACGAACCAAUUGAUCCAACUUAUGCAAUGGAUUAUGUUGCAGAUAUUAUGAAUUUAUUAUAUGCAUUAGAAAAAAAAUAUCCAUUACAAUCAACAUUUUUAACAAAUCCGCCAUCAUCAUCAACAACAUCUUUUCCGUUAACAACAAUGGCUACAAUGGCAAAUGGUAGUGCAACACGACCAUGGAAACUUACAACAAAACAUCGUACUAUUCUCGUAGGAUGGAUUAUACAAUUAUUCUAUGCAAGAUUUCAUUUAUCACAAGAUGCUAUGCACAUUUGCAUUGGUUUACUUGAUCGUUUUCUUCAACAAUGUAUGACUUCAACAACACUUGGUUGUGGAUUUGUUACACAAAAAAAUUUACAAUUAAUUGCUGUAGCUACAUUCCUAAUUGCAGCUAAAGUUGAAGAAACUCAUCAUCCACCUGUAGAUGAACUUGUUUAUGUUACUGAUCAUACAUAUACAAGUGAUCAAGUUAAACGAAUGGAAAAGAAAAUUCUACAUGAAUUACGCUUUGAACUUAAUCGACCAACAAGUCUUCAAUUUCUUCGCCGUUAUUCAUUUAUAUCAAGUGCUGGUGAUGAACAACAUGCUAUUGGAAAAUUUCUUAUUGAUAUGGCAUUACUUGAUGUAUCAUGUAUUAGUUUAGCUCCGUCACUUAUUGCUGCAAGUGCAACAUAUAUUGCACGUUAUAUUUUAAAUUCAGAUCGAUCAUCAUCAACAUUUGAACAAUAUUGGCCAAUUGAAUUACAAAAUCGUUCACCAUAUAAAACUUUUGAAUCAAUAUCACAUGGAAUUAAAACUUUAGCACAAUUUAUUGAUAAAAAUUUAACAGGAAAUAAUUGUAAAGAAUGUGAAAUACUUAUUAAACGUUAUGAACAUGAACAAUUAUCACAAGCAAGUUUGUAUUGUGUACAACAACGAACACUUAUUCAGAAAUUAGCAAAUGAAGAUAAUUGA